GCUUCAGGCUGAACUGGUCAGACGGGUGAGCGUGGGUGGACAGUGGACAGUCUCGUCUGGCACUUGUUCUGUGUUUGCUGUGCGGGGGUCAGGCUAUGUCUCUGGAGUGUGUGUGUUCUUUGCAGAAAAUGUGUUUCAGCCUGUGACCGUGUGUGGUUGACCGACGCGGUGCCGAUGUUGUCAGGGUGGAAAUAUAAAUUUCCAUGGAUGUUUUUUCAUUCUUCUUGGGCUCUAAAAGUUAGGUUAGGCCUAGAUCUAUUUUAAAUCAAAUUCAAACGUUUGUUUAGGUAUUGUUGAGGACUUUUAUCAAUAAUCAAUAACAGCAGUACAGUGUACAGUUCAGUGUUCCUCGACAACUUGCUUCCUGCUUUGUCCUUCGCUGAUGCAUUGUUUGUUUGAAGAAAAGUAGGAUUUGGGGGAAAUUUUCUGUAAUUGAACAGUUCUAAACAAGGCUUUCAAAAGUUCAUUUCUUCAAUUUAACACUCCUCAUUGGCAUAUAAAAUUUGUUGAGUUCCUGCUUGGCAUUAUGUUGAACGGACUCCGUAUGUUGAAUUUUUCACGGUGUAGUUUCUGCAGUCCUGGAUGGUAGAUCUAAGACACAGUACAACUCUUCAAAUUCGGGACCACCGUGCAAAGUGGCGACCGUCAACCGUGUGCCAUGCCUCGCAUGCACCUGCGGAAGUGCUUCGUUUUGACGGCCGUCAUCGCCACAACAUGCCUGCUCAUCGCCUUCCUGACCCUGCAUCGCGACCCGACCUUUGACUACGAGAGGGGCGUGCCUGCUGUCGAUCCAGAACUAUGGGAGCUUUUGGGUCCCCGGCCCACGUCACCGAUAUCUGGAAAACAAAGAUGUCCGCUGCGAGAAGGACCAGCGCCUGGGGGGUAUGCAUGACGGUGGUUGGAACGUUUGUCUGUCACCUCCCUACGUCCUGGGGAACCCCUGCAUUGUCUUCUCUUUCGGCAUAGGUUAUGACUGGCAGUUUGACGACACCGUCUCCCAGAUCUACGACUGCACUGUGCUGGCUUUUGAUCCCAGGUACCCGUGGACUAUGUGAAGAUCGACAUCGAGUACAGCGAGUGGGCGGUGCUCAAGACAGCGCUGCGCGAGGGCUCGCUGCAACAUGUCAAACAGCUGGGCUUUGAAAUGCACACCCGCCGACUGCUGCACCCUGGGAAGCGGCCGCGCGACGAGGAGAAGCUGGACUUUGUGCACAUGUACGAGACGCUGCGCCAGCUGGAGAUCGUGGGCUUCAGGAAGUUCAACUACCGCAAGAACCCGUUCGGGAACUACUACUCCAACCACACGGGGAAGGAAAGGUCGUGCUGCUACGACCUUCACUACGUCAACUCGGACUUCUUCGGGGACAACAUGACGGUGGUUCACACACGCGACUCCAAGAUGUUCCACUGACCCAUAUACCCAUAUAUUGACCGCCACGAUGACCCAUAUAUUGACCACCGCGAUGACCCAUAUAUUGACCGCUGCGAUGACCCAUAUAUUGACCGCCGCGAUGACCCAUACACUGACCGCUACGAUGACCCAUACACUGACCGCCGUAUAUAUAUGGUUGCUUUUAAGCACAAGUGGGCUAUCCCGAAAAAUGCUGUUUUGAGAAAAUCAAAGGUAAAGUUUUU